AUGGCAGAGAACUACCAAAAGAAGGAGCUCCUAGCUCUUAUGAACACGGGCAAUAACAAGCUUUGUGUUGACUGUAAUGCCCCUUCACCUCAAUGGGCCAGCGUGAGCUAUGGCACGUUCAUAUGUCUUGAAUGCUCAGGUGUUCAUAGAGGAUUCGGUGUACAUAUCUCUUUUGUAAGAAGUAUAACGAUGGAUAAAUGGUCCGACGAUCAGUUGAAGAAAAUGAAGCUGGGCGGAAACGAAGCUUUCAAAUCUUUCAUCGAGAAUUACGGACCCGAAGGUGGAUACACCAAAGGAAUGGGUAUGCAGGAGAAGUACAAUUCAUGGGCUGCAAGCCAAUAUCGUGAGAAGCUCGCAGCAGCCUGUGCCGACCCACCUCAAUCAUGGUCCCCUUCCUCUCCUCCACCCGCAUCAGCCGCACCUUCUCGUCCCUCUUCUGCUCAAGCCACUCGUAAAUCUCGUGCUGGCGGUGGCGGUGGUAUAGGCUCAUCCAAUCUCAACCCCAAUCCAACAAUCGGAUCAGCUCAGAAAGCAGAGAACGAAGCUUACUUUGAGCGAAUGGGAAAUACCAAUUCCUCUCGACCUGAUCAUCUUCCACCUUCCCAGGGUGGUCGAUAUCAGGGUUUCGGUUCAUCCCCUGCUCCUGAUGCUUCAGCUCAACAUCCUUCAUAUGCCUUAUCGAGUCAUUCAGCACCUACAUUUGACGAAUUACAACGUAACCCCCUAGGAGCAUUAUCAAAAGGAUGGGGGCUGUUCAGUAGUGCCGUAUCGUCAGCCGCUCAAGAGAUAAAUCAAAGUGUAGUUAAACCUUCAAUGGCUAAAGCAUCUGAAUAUACAUCUGGUGAAAAUUCAGAGGAAUGGAAAAAGUAUUUAUCCCAGGCUUCUGCUCAGGCAAGUCAAGCUUCUCAUUGGGCUACCGCUAGAGCAGGUGAAGGAUGGGAUCAACUGAAUGAUGUUGCUAGACAAAAAGGUGGUGUUGACCUUAAUGAACAAUUGGGUAAAUUAGGUUUGGGAGGUAGAACACCCGGUCAGAGGGGAUAUGGACAAUUGGAGAGAUCUGGUGAUGCCGAAGAUGGAUUUAUAACGCCUCAUGGAGGUGAUGGAGCGGGAGAUGAUUUCUUUGACAGUUGGGAUGAUCAUCCGACGACUUCUGCUGCGGCAACAAGUGCGAAUGCGGGAAAAGGUAAAUCUACGGGUCAAGGUCAAAAGAAGAAAGAUGGUUGGGAAGAUGAUGAAUGGAAGGAUUUUUAG